CUACGCGGUCCAAACAUCUCCCAAUAAAAGGGGCAUGUUCAUCGUUCAUCGACUAGGGUUUCUUACACCAUCAUCGCCAUUUCGUCUUCUCUCUCUACGCACUCACUUCCUUUCUCUCAAAACUGAAGAACUCACUCAGGUUCGAUCAAUCGUAUUCGAGGUUUUUGAUUCGUUUGAAUUGCAUCGAUUGAGAAUGCCCGCUACCGGCUGGGAGGGUUCUUCUGCAUCGUUUAAUUAUAUCGGCCGUUCGAUUCUGAGCCGCCGCCGCGAACAAGUUUAUUCCAUGGACGCCGCCGGGAGUCAUGAUGUGGAGCUUGAUGCAUUCCAGAAGAAGGUCGCUGAGCGAUUCUUGAACUUAUCCGCCGCCGGGAACGAUGAUCUGUUAUCUAUUUCGUGGGUACGGAAGCUGCUUGACGAGUUCCUCUGCUGCCAGGAGGAGUUUCGGGUAAUUCUAUUCAAUAAUAGUUCAAUUGUUGGGAAAUCAUCAGCUGAUCGUCUCAUGGAGGAGUUCUUUGAGCGGAGUGUGAAGGCGUUAGAUGUGUGCAAUGCGAUCAGGGACGGUAUUCAGCAGAUAAGGCAGUGGCAGAAGAUUCUGGAGAUUGUGCUUUGUGCUCUUGACAACAACCAGAGAAGUCUCAGUGAGGGCCAGUUCCGCCGUGCUCAGAAGGCUCUGAUGGAUUUAGCAAUCUCAUUGCUCGACGAGAAGGACUCUGGCACAGCGGUCGCUCGCCGCAAUCGGUCCUUCGGGAGCAACAACGGAUCUCCUAAGGAACGCCACAGGAGAAGCGACCACUCCAGGUCUUUGUCGUGGAGUGUUUCGCGGUCCUGGUCUGCUGCGAAGCAGCUGCAGGCGAUUGGGAACAAUUUAACGGCGCCGAGAGCAAAUGAAAUUGUGGCGACCAAUGGACUUGCGAUGGCUUUUUUCACCAUGAGCUCCGUAUUGUUGUUUGUAAUGUGGGCUUUAGUGGCUGCAAUUCCAUGCCAAGGCCGCGGCUUGCACGUCCAUUUCUCGAUUCCUAGGCAGUACAUGUGGGCCGCACCUAUGCUUUCGCUGCACGAGAGGAUUUUGGAGGAGUCGAAGAAGAGAGAGAGGAGGAAUUCUUGUGGAUUGUUAGAGGAGGUUCAUCAGAUUGAAAGAUGUGCACGGUUUAUGAAUGAAAUGGUGGACUCUGUGCAGUUUCCAUUGACAGAAGAGAAGGAAAGAGAGGCCAGGCAGAGAGUGCAGGAGUUGGGGCUGGUUUUUAAGGCUGUAAAGGAGGGUUUGGAUCCAUUGGAACGCCAAGUGAGGGAGGUGUUUCAUAGAAUUGUGCGUAGCCGAACUGAGGGGCUCUGUUCUUUUGGAAGAACAGACCAUGAUGAUUAAUACGUCUCUGGGCAGCUGAUUGUGUGCGUCAUAGAAAUGUUGCCAAUUAUAGCUUCAAGCAGUGCAAUGGAAAUAAAAAGGGUAAGGAGUGACCAAAAAAACAAAACUUUCUUUGUGUAUUCAGUAAUCAGCAUAUAUUAGUGUAUAGGGUACUUCUGGUAGGACUUGAAAUUGGAAAUUGGCAGUCCUUAAUGCUGAUGUCCCAGCUUCUUGUUUUUUGUACAAUUGAAAUUCCUGGGUAAACGGCAUAAUAUGAUCUUGUAAUUGAUUCAGUUAAUGAUCAUCAUUUUUGGUUUUCUGUA